AUGGCAGGCGAACGCAAGUCCUCCAUUGUUCCCGUCGAGUCGCGGAACGAUGAUAUCCUCCGUGUUUACGACACCAACGUCCGUAAGAUGAGCGUCAUCAAUCCCGACCUUGCAGAGCAAAACAAUAAUGCUCGGAGUGCUACCGAUCGGGAGCACAACAUGACCGUUAGGGAGUGUCUCCGCCUGUACCCAAAGGCCGUUGCUUUCUCCCUCAUCUUCUCCACUGCAAUUAUCAUGGAGGGAUACGACACUGCCCUUCUCGGUUCUUUCUGGGGUUUCAAGCCUUUCCGAAACCGAUUUGGCGACCAAAUCGAUACCAGUGACAAUGCCCUCCCAGGCGACCGAGUCGUCAGCUCCCGGUGGCAGACUUCUGUCGGCGCUGCAGGACAGGUAGGCCAGAUCAUUGGUCUGUACCUCAAUGGUUGGAUCUCCGACAAGAUCGGAUACAAAAAGACCAUGUUCGGUUCUCUCAUCCUCAUGACGGCCAUGAUCUUCAUCCCUUUCUUCUCCCAAAACAUCGAAACCUUCCUCGCCGGCGCGGUCCUCCAGGGCGUGCCUUGGGGCGUGUUUCAAACCCUUACGACUACCUACGCCUCUGAAGUAGCUCCUGUCAAGAUCCGUGCUUAUCUCACCACCUAUGUCAACUUGUGCUGGGUCAUUGGUCAGUUGCUCGCUGCUGGCAUCCUCAAGGGUUUCCUUACUCGCGAUGAUCAAUGGGCUUAUAAGAUCCCCUUUGCCAUUCAAUGGGUAUGGCCACCUUUGAUCAUCAUUGGUGUCAUAUUCGCUCCCGAAUCUCCAUGGUGGUUGGUCAGAAAGGGCCGCCUCGAGGAUGCCAAGAAAUCUCUCCUUCGACUUACUUCCAAGGGCAGCGGUGUUGACUUCAACGUCCACGACCAAGUCAUGAUGAUGAAGUCCACCAACGAAUUGGAAAUUGCAAUUUCAGCUGGUACCAACUAUUGGGAUUGUUUCCGCGGCACUGACCUCCGCCGUACUGAAAUUGCCUCUGUCGCAUGGCUCGCUCAAGCGUUCUGUGGUGCUGCACUGAUCGGUUUCGCUGUUCAGGUCUACCAACGCGCCGGUCUUGAUGACUCCCACGCCUUUUCGCUCAACAUCGGACAAUCUGGAAUGGGAGCUGUUGGUACGAUCUUGUCUUGGUUUCUGAUGCAACACGCUGGGCGACGUACAAUCUACCUUUGGGGUCUUGGUGUUAUGUUCGUCAUCUUGAUUAUUAUUGGUGGUCUUGGGUUUGCUGGAGAUCAUAACACUGGCGCCUCCUGGGGUGUUGGAUCUCUCCUCAUGGUCUAUACCUUCGUGUACGAUCUUACCGUCGGUCCAGUUUGCUACUGCUUGGUUGCUGAGAUCCCAUCGACUCGUCUCAAGAUCAAGACUGUCGUCUUGGCCCGAAACUUCUACAACAUCGGUGGUAUCAUCAACAGCGCUCUCGUGCCCGCUAUGCUUGGUGUCAAUGCGUGGAAUUGGGGUCCUAAGUCUGGCUUAUUCUGGGCCGGAUGCUGCGGUCUCCUCUGGACUUGGUCCUAUUUCCGCCUACCCGAGCCAAAGGGCCGCACAUAUGGUGAGCUCGAUGUCCUCUUCGAACACAAGGUCUCUGCUCGCAAGUUUGCUUCUACCAAGGUCGAUCAGUUUGCUGGGGAGCACACGGAGAUUGUUGAGGUUGAAGGGGCCGACGACUCAAGCACCAAGAAGGAUGUCGGACAAUAUGAGAUUAGAGAGAAGAAUUAG